AUGUCAAACAGGAAAAAAAAGAAGCGAGAAAAGAAAAUCUCUCGUAAAAUAAUUCAUUACAUUCAACUUCGUACUCAUCGACAAUGGCCCAAUCCACUGAAUUACACAUCCCAUUUAGAAGCACAUAAUUCAAUAAUAAAACCAAUUAUAUAUGAAAUCGAUCAUCAUUUGAAUAAGAAAUGGAUUCUAAUUCGACAAUCACAAGUAAUUAAUCAGUUCAAUCAAAUUUAUCAAGACGAAAUUAAAAACUAUUUUUUACAUAAAAUAAAUUUAAUUGAUCAUAGAUAUUUUUGUUUAAAUAACCAAUUUGAUGAAAAUAAUAAAUUUUUACGAGAAACAUUUCUUCGUUCAAUUGAAAUAACAGAUCAUCUUUUAUAUUUAUACCAACAAAUAGAAAAUAGUGACUAUUAUAUUUAUGAAUAUCGUUUAAAUAUAUUAAAAUACGAAUUUAAACAAGAACAAGAAUCAUUAAAACAUUUAUUUAUUGAUCAACAUUUAAAUGAAUUUAACAAUCAAAUAGUUAUUUUAAAUAUUAUUGAACAAGAAGAUGUUCUCAAGCAGUUUAUUGAGUUUCAAUACGAUAAACAACGAUUAAAAGAAAGUUUUGUUAAAGACAUAGCUAUACUAAAUGUCAAUUUUAAAACACAAAUUGAAUUGUUACGUUCCACCAUGAAUAAAAUAAUCCAUUCAAAUAAGCAACAAAUAGACGCCAUUUCCAAACGUUACGAUUAUUUAAACGAAAAAACACGUAAAGCAAAAGAGCGUAUCAAUCAAGAAAUAGCAUCGAUGAUUACUUUAAGAAAACGAAUUAAAGAAACAAAACUUCUAAUUGAACAAACAGAUACAAAUAAGAAUCAUAUUAAUGAUAAACUUAAUCAAUUGAAACAAUGUUCAUAUUAUCAUCAAAGUAAAAAGAAGAUUUUUUUCCAAAUAACUUCACUAAACCAAUCUUUUUGA